CACUGCCCCCACAAAUACACAUUUAUUAGACUUAAUAAAUGUGAGUUGUGGUUGGAGUUCAAGAGAAAGAUCGAUACCUUAUAAUAACAUUUUCUCAAUGGGUUCCUUGUUAUUCUUCUUCUGCAUCAUCUUUUCUCUCUUCCAAUACUCCUGCUCAGAAGCUCAGAAGGUUACUCCAGCCAUAUAUGUCUUUGGUGACUCUUUAGUGGAUGUGGGUAACAACAAUCACUUAGCCUUGUCUCUUGCCAAGGCUAACUUUCCUCAUAACGGCAUCGAUUUUCCGGGCAAAAAACCUACUGGGAGAUUCUGUAAUGGCCGGAAUGCUGCAGAUUUUCUAGCUGAGAAAGUGGGCUUGCCAAGUUCACCACCAUAUCUAUCUCUCGUAUACAAAAAGAACACUGCUUUGUUCAUAAACGGAACUAGCUUUGCCUCAGGGGGAGCAGGAAUUUUUAAUGGCACAGACGAAGUUUAUCGGCAGUCAUUACCUCUUACGAAGCAAGUAGAGUACUAUUCUACAGUACACGACAAGCAGGUGCAGCAACUAGGAUCCACAAGAGCAGAACAACAUUUCUCAAAAUCUCUCUUCACCAUAGUCAUUGGAAGCAACGACCUCUUUGGAUACUUUGGCUCCUCCAAGCUUCGUAAUCGAACCACCCCAGAAGAGUAUGUGGACAAAAUGAUUGUUACACUUAAAGAACAGCUCAAGAGAUUACACAGUUAUGGUGCUCGGAAAUUUGUGAUGAUUGGUAUAGGGCCAAUUGGGUGCUGCCCGGCACAAAGGAGAAAAAGCUCGUCUGGAGACUGCUUCCAAGAAAUGAAUGAUUGGGCUAUCAAGUAUAACGAUGGUCUAAAGUCAACGUUGCGAGAGCUGAAAUCAGAGUUGAACAACAUCAACUACUCCUACUUUGAGACUUAUGAUGUCUUAAAUAACCUUGUCCAGCAUCCAGCAUCCUAUGGAUUUACAGAAGUUAAAUCUGCUUGCUGUGGUCUUGGGAAAUUCAAGUCCGAAGUACCUUGCCUGCCAAUAGCAAAAUAUUGCUCCAACAGAAGAGACCAUGUCUUUUGGGAUCUAUACCAUCCAACAGAAGCGACACACAGCAUCUUAUCUGAUUAUAUCUUUGAUGGUCCGCCAAAAUAUAUAUUUCCAUUAAGUGUCAAACAGUUAGUUGCUCUUUAGACUCGAAACACCAAACCAAUACAAGCACCAUAAGAUAAUGCUACCUCAAUUAACUCGUACUAUCUAUUGAUAUGAAACCCAGAAGAUUAGGAUUACAGCUACCAUUCAUAGUAUAAUUUUGAUUUUUAUAUUGAAAGGCCUCCAAUAUGCACUCAAGAGGGAAGCCAAACUUUUUUGUAGCCUAGUGAAAAAAGCUAAACAAAAGAACAGUUGUAGCCAAAUUUAACGUCAAAAUGAAAUCAUGGAUCUACAUGAUUUUUCGCGAAAUAAAAGUAUUUAUAUUUUAA